UUAAAGUGUUAUGGUCUGACUUGGGUGGGGAAUAUUUUAAAAAUGAGUUCUGUGAGUAUUUGGCCAAUUUGGAUACCAUUCACCAAACUUUCUGUACAAAUACACCUGCCCAAAAUGGUCGAGCCGAACGUAAACGCCGUCAUCUUCUUGAGACCGCUAGGUCUCUUCUUUUCUCUGCCUUAGUUCCGGCUCCAUUCUGGGGGGAGGCAGUUCUUCUUACUGCUUUUCUUCUCAACCGCAUGCCUACUCCCCUUCUUUUCGGUCGGUCUCCUUAUGAGGCUUUGUUCUCCCAAAUUCCUAACUAUUCCCUCCUUUGUGUGUUUGGGUCUGCUUGUUUUGUUCUUCUUCCCCGCAAAGAUAGGACCAAACUUAGUGCCCGGUCUAUCCUCUGUGUCUUUUUGGGUUAUAGUCCAACUCAGAAAGGUUAUCGGUGUUACGACCCUGUUUCCCGUCGUCUUUUUAUCUCCCGUCAUGUUGCCUUUCUUGAACGUUUAUCUUACUUCCAACUUCCCCCUCUCACUGGCUCCAGUUUCCAAAGAGGAUUUGGUUUACAUUGACCAAUUUCCUUCAGAGGUCUCGUCCGAUGAGUACAUCUCCACUGUUUCUCCUGAGCUUGUUCCAUCUUCUCCUCUUAUACCUUUAGCUGCUUCUCCUUCUUCGGCUUCUUCUCUUCCCUCGGCUUCUUCUCCUCCUCCGUUGCUAGUUUAUUCUCGUUGCAAGGCUCCUCCUCCACCGGUUGUCUCUGCCCCUGCUACUGCUCCCUCUGCUUCUGACGACUCUGAUCCUACUGCACACCGAUAUCCUUCUCGAGUACGUCAUCCUCCAAACAGGAUCCUCAUUGGGUUCAAGCUAUAGAGGAUGAGUUAUCUGCUUUACAAAAAACUGGUACUUGGGAGUUGGUUCCUUUGCCUGCUGAUAAAGACCUGGUUGGUUGCAAAUGGGUCUGCAAAGUCAAG